CGGCUCUGGGGGGAGGAUCGCGGGGCUCAGGCCCGGCCGCAGGAAGUGACUCGCAGCCGCUGCGGGGACUCUGGCUCCCGGCGAGAUCCCCGAGCCCCGGCGGCUGGUGCUGGGAGCCCGGAGCCCGGGCUGCAGCCGGGAGAGGGGAAGCUCCAGCCGGGCCCUGCCCGCUGCUCCCCGGGAGCCUCUCCCAGGGCAGAGCCCCCAGCCCGGCCAGGGCCGUCCUUACCCAUAGGCAAAGCAGGCAGCUCCGUAGGGCACCAGGAGAUUUGGGGCACUAAACUUCCAGGUGCCCUGCACAGCUGCGUGCCGCUCCAGCCCCUGCUCCGGCUCUUCCCCAGGGGCCCCGCCCCAGCCGCGCCCCCACUUCCAGAGCUCUGCCGCGGGGCCGGGCCUGCACUCGCCGGCGGUGGGAAGUGCAGCGACCCGGCCCCAGCCGCGCCCCUGCUGAGCGGUUCCCACCUGUCCCCAAGCCAGCCCCCCCCCCCCUCCGCAGGAGGGGCUGCGUAGGGCCCCAGAACAGCUAGGGACGGCCCCUGCCCCGGGGGGCCCCGCUCGGGGGGAAGGCUGAGGAAUCAUGUCCACAUUUUGCUCCAGAUCGUCCAGGGGACAGGGAAGAGAAAUGGCUGUGAUGGAGCCAGCUCAGAUGACGGUGACCUUCGAGGAGGUGGCUGUGUAUUUCACUGAGGGGCAGGGGGCUCUGCUGGACCCUGCUCAGAGAGCCCUCUACAGGGACGUCAUGCAGGAGAACUACGAGACGGUGACCUCACUGGGAUUCCCCAUUCCCAAACCUGAGCUGAUCGCCCGGCUGGAAGGAGGGGAGGAGCCUUGGGUCCCGGAUCUCCAGGCUGCCAAGGAAAGGGAGAGCCCAAGAGGCACCCGCACAGGUGAUAGGACAGUGAGUGAGAACAAGGAGGAGAUUCAGCAGCAGGAAGGUCCUGAGCAAGUGGAACCGGAGGAGACGUUUUUGAGAAGAGCUGAAGGGAAUUUUUCCCAGGGCUUGGAACAGGGAAAAGCCUGGGGAGUUCGACACAUAUCAGAUAUGCAGCUGGGAAAUUAUCCGAGGAGGAAACUGGAUGAAUCCAUUCAAUAUGGGGCAGCAUGCAAAGAUCCCAAGGAAACCACAGCCCCACAGACAUAUCACAAGGAAGAGAAACCCUAUACGCUUCUUGAGAGUAGGGAAAAAUUCAAUGUGAGUAGAAACCUUGUUACACUUCAGAGAAACCACUCAGGUGAGAAACCGUAUAAAUGCUUGAACUGUGGGAAAACCUUCAGUAAGAGCUCAGACCUUAUUAAACAUGGCAGAAUGCACAUGAGGGAGCGACCUUAUAAAUGCCUGGACUGUGGGAAAGCCUUCAUUCAGAGCUCAGACCUUAUUACACACCAGAGGGUGCACACAGGAGAGAGACCUUAUAAAUGUCUCGAGUGUGGGAAAAGAUUCAACGUGAGAUCAAACCUUAGUAAACAUCAGCAAAAUCACGUGGGAGGGAAACCCCAUAUUUGUUUGGAUUGUGGGAAAUGUUUCAAUCACAGCUCCUACCUUAUUACGCAUCAGAGACUGCACACGGGAGAGAGACCCUAUAAAUGCCUUGCGUGUGGGAAAAGCUUCAGUCACAGUGCACACCUUAUUAAACAUCGCCGAAUUCACACAGGAGAGAGACCGUAUAAAUGUCUUGAAUGCAGGAAAAGUUUCAAUCAGAGCUCACACCUUAUUAUACAUCAGAGAACGCACACGGGACAAAAACCCCAUACAUGUUUGGACUGUGGGAAAAGUUUUAGUCAGAGAUCGGCCCUUCUUAGACAUCAGAGAAUCCAUACAGGAGAGAAACCCUAUACGUGUUUGGACUGUGGGAAAAGUUUUAGUCAGAGAUCAGCCCUUCUUAGACAUCAGAAAAUCCAUACGGGAGAGAAACCCCAUACAUGUUUGGACUGUGGGAAAAGAUUCAUACAGAAAUCACACCUUAUUAUGCAUCAGACAAUCCACAUGGGAGAGAAAACCCAUAAAUGUUUGGACUGUGGGAAAAGCUUCAGUAACAACUCAUACCUCACUAAACAUCGGAGAAUCCACAAGAGUGAGAUACCCUAGAAAUAUGCCAGUGGUGAGAAAAGAUUCAGUAGGAACUCAUGCAUCAGAGAAUUCCCAUAAGAAGGAGAGAUUUUUGACUUUUAAAAAGAACUUUAAUAAAAUCGGUACACAAAACACAGUGAAAACAAGAAAAGAAAAAAAUGAUGGAUUUGAACCUGUAAAAGAGUUGAUAGUCACUGAGCAGACAGUGGAUGCGGUUCCAGGAUUCCUAGCUAAUCGCUUGUUAGGAGUACAAUUAAAAUUCCCCCCUGCUAUCAUGAAAAUCUCACUUCUCCAACAAUGUGCUAAAAGAGCACCCAAGCUCUGAAAAAUCCUACACACCUGGUCUUUCCCUACAGUAGCUGUGACUGUCUGUGAUCCCAGUGCAGCAGGGUCCACCUCCCAGCAGCUCACUGGGCAUCUGGUAGGGUGUGCCUGGUUGAUUGUACUUCCUGAUUGGUGAAGGGGUGGAGCUAGCUACUACAUGACCCAGCACCAGCCGGAGCUUGCUGGAGGCUCAACGAGUCCCAUGUCUGUAGCUGCAUUUGGUCCUGCUUCUUGCUUUCUGCUUCUACUUCUCCCCACUCUGCUCCUGUGUUCAGUUGCCUGCUUCAGUUAGAAUCCUAGAAAAAUAGGGUUGGAAGAGACCUCGGGAGGUCAUCCAGUCCAACCCCCUGCUCAAAGGAGGACCAACCCCAACUAAAUCAUCCCAGCCAGGGCUUUGUCAAGCCAGACUUUAAAAACCUCUAAGGAUGGAGAUUCCACCACCUCCCUAGAUAACGCAUUCCAGUGCUUCACCACCCUCCUAGUGAAAUAGUGUUUCCUAAUAUCCAACUUGAGACCAUUGCUCCUUGUUCUGUCAUCUGCCAUCACUGAGAACAGCCAAGCUCCAUCCUUUUUGGAACCUUCCUUUAGGUACUUAAAGGUGUUACGUUGCACUCCAUAUUCUUUAUGGAAAUAUGAAUAUGACAUAACUGGAAUAUGCUUUAUGCAAAAUGUGUGAUGUGACAUAUCAUUGGAAAGGUUAUAAUCUGCUGCAUGUGUUCAUCCUGUUUGUAGGCAUGUAUCAUUUCUAUAUCUGAAGUUAGAAAUAUGAAGUAGAAAUCUAAGGUCCUGUUUUAGUUAUGCUAAGUGAGGGCCAUUAAUGGUACUUCAGGAACUUGAUGACUUUUAAGCAAGAAACAAUGGGCUGUGAAUGGAUUUGUUUCCCUGUAAGUCUGUGGGACCUGUGAGGAGGAGGGGUGAUGUGAAGACAUGUGUCUGUGUCAUCUGAUGCUGGAAUUCCAUCUUGGAUUUGAUAUUUUUCCACAAGGCUGGGGGGAAUGUUUAAACAAGAACACAAAGGAUUCCUUCCUUCGGCCAAAUCUAUAUAAGGGUGUGAAGCAAGACAUAGAGAGGGUCAUGAGGAGACCCCUGCUUACCACCCAAGAUGUCUGCUGGAACUAACAGAGACUGAACAGGGGGAAGGAUUGGGCCCAGACUAAAAAUGAGUCUAGUCUGUGAAAGCAGCUUACUGGAACAUCUUUGAGGGUGAGAUAUUACAUGUAACCAGUUUCUUAGUGUAUUAAGCUUAGCCUGGUUUGUUUGUUUCAUUUUGCUUAGUAAUGUGCUUUGUUCUGUCUGUUAUCUUUUUUGACCACUUAAAUCCUACCUUUUAUACUUAAUAAAAUCACUUUUGUUUAUUAAUAAACCUAGUGUAAGUAAUUGUUACCUGGGGAGCAAACAGUCUAUGCAUAUCUCUCUUUACCUCGAAAAAGAGGGUGAAUAAUGGAAACUUAUACUGUAUAAAACUUUAUACAGUUUAAGAUGGAUUUUUCUGGGGUUCAGGUCCCAUUGGGGCUGUACACUGGGGUGCUGAGGUAAGUCCCUUUAACUGAGUCACCCCAGAGAUGAGCUCAUUUCAGUGUCUGUAUUCUGCAGAGGGGUGUGGCCCUAUGUCUGUGUCUGUGCUGGAGGAGGCCUGGAGGGUCUGGCUCAGCAAGGCAGUGGCAUGGGGUGCCCAUGCUGGCAGAAGGGUUAGGCUCAGUGGUAUCUUAGUGCAUCAAGUGACAGACCCAAGGGGGUCCCGAUGAGAGAACCCAUCACAAAAGGCAGCUAUCAAAUCCCCCCUCACUCUUCUCUUCUGCAGACCAAAUAAGCCCAGUUCCCUCAGCCUCUUCCCGUAAGUCAUGUGUCCCAGCCACCUAAUCAUUUCUGUUGCCCUCCGCUGGCUUUCUCCAAUUUGUGCACAUCCUUUUUUUGUGUGUGUUUGUGGGGGGGCAAACCUGGACCCAGUACUCCAGAUGUGGCCUCACCAGUGCCGAAUAGAGGGGAAUAAUCAAUUCCCUCGAUCUGCUGGCAAUGCUCCUACUAAUGCAGCCCACUAUGCUGUUAGCCUUCUUGGCAACAAGGGCACACUGUUGACUCAUAUCCAGCUUCUCAUCCAAUUUAAUCCCCAGGUCCUUUUCUGCAGAACUGCCGCUUAGCCAGUUGUUCCCUAACCUUUAGCAGUGCGUGGGAUUCUUCCGUCCUAAGUGCAGGACUCUGCACUUGUCCUUGUUGAACCUCCAAAUUGUCUAGUUCCUGUCCUUCUCCAUUGCAACCCCUGCCUCUGCUUCCUGAUCAUGCUUCCAGCUCACCCAUUGACUCUGGCUUUCAGCUUUCACCCUUGGCUAUGUGAUGGAUGUAGGGAACAGAUAUGCCUUUGAAUGAUUAAUAGCUACUGAUUCCUUCUAGCCCCCCAAAAUUAGAAAAGUUGUGCACCUCUGUUUAUCCCAAAAUAGGAUCCACCCAAGAAAAAAAAACAAUAAGAAAAUGGUUCAUAUUAUGUGAGACACCUUGUCUAAGAAUCCAUAGAUCCACCAAGGUCGGGAGUUCCUCUCCCCAGAAAUAGAAACUGAAAUGUCUAAAUGAGACUAUUGUUAAUCUCCUAGACAAGAAUAUCUCAUAAUUUGCUUCUGUAUAAACUUCUUUCUCCUUCCCAACCUAGCUAAAAGGAACUCCAAUUUACCAAGCAAGUGUCACACCGUGCUUGUUUAUGCAAAGUGUUUUCACCCGAAAGUAUAAACUAUACAUCAUUUUCCUAAAUCAAAUAGACUGUGAAUCAUCUCUUUCCCCACAAAGUAAAAUCUGCACCUUUGUUAGUGUUGUGAUUGUGAAUCAGAUCUAUAUCCUUCUGUAUGUGGAAAA